AUGACGGACGCUUUAGCAGCACAACUUCGGGCAUCGACCCUGAAUGAUGCUUCCAAAAACGAAGACUGGAAAAAGUCCUUGAACAUCCCUACUCGCGAUAGUAGACAACAAACAGAGGAUGUCACAAACACAAAAGGAUUAGAAUGGGAGGAUUUCAACUUGAAGCGCGACCUACUAAUGGGCAUAUUCGAAGCUGGCUUUGAGAAACCCUCUCCCAUCCAAGAAGAAUCUAUUCCGGUAGCCCUAACAGGACGAGAUAUCCUAGCACGAGCAAAGAAUGGUACCGGAAAAACUGCAGCUUUCGUCGUACCCGCGCUAGAACGGAUCAACCCAAAAGUCAACAAGAUCCAAUGCUUAAUACUAGUACCGACGAGAGAACUUGCUAUGCAGACAUCUCAAGUCUGCAAGACCCUCGGCAAGCACCUUGGAAUAAACGUCAUGGUCACCACUGGAGGUACCACCCUCCGCGAUGAUAUCGUCCGUCUACAGGACCCUGUCCACAUAGUAGUGGGCACCCCCGGUCGUAUCCUCGAUUUAGCUGGCAAGAGCGUUGCCGACCUUAGCGAAUGCCCCAUGUUUAUCAUGGAUGAGGCUGACAAGUUGCUUUCUAUCGAGUUCACUCCCGUUAUCGAGCAGUUGCUACAAUUCCACCCUAAGGAUCGCCAGAUUAUGCUCUUCUCAGCUACGUUCCCCCUAUCGGUGAAGGACUUUUCGGACAAGAACAUGGACAGGCCUUACGAAAUCAACCUAAUGGACGAGCUUACUCUACGUGGUAUCACCCAAUACUACGCCUUUGUCGAAGAGAAGCAAAAGGUUCAUUGCUUGAACACUUUGUUCUCUAAGCUCCAGAUCAACCAGUCCAUUAUCUUCUGUAACUCGACCAAUCGUGUGGAACUGCUAGCCAAAAAGAUAACAGAGCUUGGCUACUCAUGCUUCUACAGCCACGCGAAGAUGGCACAGCAUGCCCGAAACCGUGUGUUCCACGACUUCCGGAACGGUGUCUGUCGUAACCUUGUUUGUUCUGAUCUUCUUACACGUGGUAUCGAUAUUCAAGCCGUCAACGUCGUCAUCAACUUCGACUUCCCCAAGAACGCCGAAACCUAUCUUCACCGUAUUGGCCGUUCCGGACGAUACGGCCAUCUUGGUCUGGCUAUUAACCUCAUCAACUGGGACGAUCGGUUCAAUCUAUAUAAUAUCGAGAAAGACCUUGGCACGGAGAUUCAACCAAUCCCUGCUACCAUCGAUAAGAGCCUCUACGUUUAUGAGAACCCCGAAAGCAUCCCUCGUCCGGUUAACACGUACGCCGCGAGACCACCGAAUGCCACGACUCAACCCCAGUUUAACGACCCUCCUUCGCAACAGCAGGCAAACAACUUCCCGCCUACCCAGAACAGACAGGGCAACCAGGGUGGUCGUGGCGGUCACUACAAUGACUCGCAACCUCCUCAAUACCAAUCCAACCGUGGAACUGGCCGUGGUGGACGAGGCGGCAACCGUGGCCGGGGUGGGCGCGGUUACAACAACUAUGGUCGCGGCGGCGGUCGUGGCCAGAGUCAACCACCCCAAUAA